CCCCACCCCUGGCUCCAUCGUGUCCACCCCUGGCCAGAAGCCCAGAACCCAGCACUUGCUGCAGUUGUGCCUUGGUGUAAUUUCCCUCUCUUCCAGUUCUUCCCUCCCAGUUACCUUUUGGUUCUCUAGCGACAGGCCCCUUACCCUUAGCACGCAGCACGUUGGCACACACUACCAACCAUGUCCAACGAUGGCCAAUCUGCCCCGUCCCCACCCUCGGCCGGGUCGUGGCCUCUCGUUUUGUCCUUGUCCUCCGCGCCCCAGUCGAGCCCCCCCGGUCGAGCCCAGACCGUGUCUGUUCAUUCAUCUUGACUUCAUCUCGCCCGUCCCUUCGUCCAAGGUCUCCCCCUCCUUCUUUUCUCCCUCUCCCUCCACCCACCCCACGCUCCUUUAAGCAAAGUCAACACAAAGACCAAAGCCCUCGCUUUUGAUCUCUGCCUUCCCGCUGGUGCUCGGUCACUCCCACUCUUUCGUGUUCCUCAUUGCAUUGCAAGACAAUCACACACGUCGACACGAAUCCCACAUUCUUUUGAAUCAACCAAAACCGAUCUACACUCCUUCGCACCACGCGCAACCGCAGAUCAAGCACGGCAUCGUCGACUCGAUCCGGCCAUACACGUCUCAAACGUCAAAACGUCACUUCUAUAAACUAGACAAGAAAAGAACCAUUCGAAAUGGCUCGUCUCGCAGCUACCCUCCUCCUGCUCGGCGCCCUGGGUGCCUCGGCCCACCCUUCCGGCCACGCCCGCUUCCACAGCAAGCAGCGAUCCCAGAACCAGGAGCGUGCCAUCGGUGACACUAUCAACGCCGUCAUCGACGGUGUCGCCGUCUCGUGGGUCCAGACCGAGGACUACGCCCCCAAGGCCACCCCCGCCAUCGUCGCCGACAAGCCCGCUGCGGCCCCCGCUGCCGCCCCCGCCGCCGCCAAGCCCGUCGCUGACGUGAAGGUCGCCGCCGCCGCCCCCGCCCCGGCUGCUGCUUCCUCCCCAUCGCCCAGCCCCACCCCCGCCGCUGCUCCUGCCGCCCCCAAGGCCCCCGCCAAGUCCUCCCCCUCCACCGGCGAGGGCAUCAGCACCUUCACCAGCUUCACCGAUCUGUGCAGCGCCGCCAAGAAGCGCGCCACCCUCGACCAGAUCAAGUACGCCGGCAACGUCGGCUCCGCCACCGACUACGGCUGCAACAAGGUCCUGCUGGCCAACGCUGACGUCGCCGAGGAGUACAACAACACUGCCAGGUUCCACGGCGCCACCGAGGACCUGUACUGCAUGGUCUGGAACAAGAUCGGCUCUGACGGUGGUAUCAACGGUUUCUUCGGCGCCGACGCCACCACCUUCAAGCUGGCCGCCGGCGCUACCCAGUACGUCGCCUUCGACAAGAACUCCCAGGGUGGCGGUGCUUGCUUCAAGGGCGCCAGCGAGGACGCCGUUGAGAAGACCUCGUACGGCGCCAUAGCCGGUACCUGGGCCGAGUGGGACUUCGAGAACCAGAGCAACAACGGCUGGUCUGGCUACGAUGCCUCUGCCAUUGUCGCCCAGGCCGCCGGCCUUGCUGUCACCGGCAUGAAGAUCUGCGCCGACAACGCCCCCGACGCCCUCUGCUCCACCAUCGGCGCCGGCGGCUCCCACUUCGACAACGCCUACCGCGCUGUUGACGCCGAUGCCGACGGAAUCGGUGGCCAGGUCUCCGGCCCCAUGAAGAUCAGCAUCGACCUCAGCGAUUUCUAAGGAGCGCGCCGCCACCGCUAGCACCUGGUUGGCCAUCCACAGCCGGUCAGCUUUUUGGCAUACCUUCUUUCAACCCGACGGCUGGUGGUUUGUUCUUCUAUCGAGCCAUGUAUUUUUGACGAGAUAACGCAGCGGGUCACCGGUUCUGAUUUGGGGAAAAAGAUGCUCUUGGGAAAAACCUGGAUCUGAGAAAGGACAGCUCUUGUUGAGAUCUGUUUCACUUCACAUGUAUCUUGUCUCUCCCGUUGUCGCAUUUAUAUCCAAUACCACAACCCUCUUCCUAUGAUACCACCAAUCCAAGCGCCGCGUCGCGUCAUAACGCGCCUUGGAGAAAAUUCGUCCGCCUUCUCUUCCUCUUUCUUCUUUCACUCCUGUUGGAUGGCAAGGGGGGGCUUGGCCUAGGGCCAGGGACCGAUUUAUGCAGCGCGCAAAGGGGAGCGGUCCCCACGGGCUUGGUGCUUUCUCGAUACAAAGUUGCUGGGAUGUUGGGCUUUUUAACUUUUAUUGUCUACGGCGUACAAAUCUCACACACACCCCAUACAUUACUUGGCUGGUUGUUGUUGCUCACUAUUGUUACUACAUUCGAAAGGGAAGCAAAGAGGCAAAGCAAAAGAUUUAUUCUUGAUAGUGUCUAUUUUUGAUGAGAGUCUACCUGAA